UCCAAUGGAAAAUAAAAAAUAAAAGAAAUUGCAUUUUCCUAUCCUAUCCAAACUUCAAACUACAAAGAAACACAGCUCGAAAGCAUCACCCGACGCAAAGAGUGUUCUGUCAAAAGUUCUAGUUUUCUAGAGAUCGAAAGCAACAGGUGGGUACGAAGACAGAGUAAGAACCUAAGAAAAUCUACAUCACUAGAUUUAAUGUGUGUGUGUGUGUGUUUUUUUUUUUUAAUUAUUAUUAAAUUAAAUAUAUAAAAGGAUAGCAACUGACAAAAACAACCUCAAAAACUGCUACUUCAUAAUACAUGUUAUGAUGUUUGGUCGAGGGAAAGGCAUGGGAGGAGGGUCAGCAGGGCGAGCCAAAGUGUUAAGGACAGCUGGGAGAGCUGCAGUUUCAAGAACUGGUGCUACCACUGGUAACCCUACAGCUUUCCAAGAACCACUUCAUUCUGCUCCUUCUUCUCCAACUUCUGCUUCCCAAAGGCAUAAUAAUAAUAACAGUAAUGGUUAUCUUUCUAUUGCUUCUGGGGCUUCUGCCUUUGGUUCUUGUAAUGGUGGUGUUCCUAUCAGUGCCAAUUCUGGGUUGCCAAGUAACCGGCCUGCCUUUGCUUCCUCACCUGUUUCCGCUGCUGCUUCUUGUUGUGAUGAGUUUGAGUGGGUGUUUCUGGAUGGCUGUGAAGAGGAUAAGCCACACCCACAUGGGGUUUUUGAUGAUAUUGUUUUAGGAACUGUUCCUUCUGUUGGUGAAGUCCAAAAUGUUGUCUCUGCUCUUCAAAGGGUUUUCGAUGCAAGCUCGUGUCCCCAGCUUAUCAGGGAUAAAGUCUCUUAUAAUGCUGGCAAGGAUGUUGCCUAUCAAAUUUCAAGCCCAACUGACUCGGUGCACUGGGUUCAAUCUGCUGGGCCUGAGUUAGAUUGGAUGGAGCCUUCUCUGCAUCUGUAUAACACAGGAGCAUUGCAACCUUAUGGAACAAACAGGGUUUAUGAUGCUUUCCAUUUAUUGCAGACAGAGCCGAUGGUUAAGAAAAUGGUCAUUUCUUUGUCUUCUGAUAAAGCUGUCUGGAAUGCUGUUUUGAACAAUGAGGUGGUGAGGGAGCUGAGAGAGUCAUACCAUGCAGCUGAAGACAUUAAUCCACUGAGUUCUGAUGAGAGUUUGGAUGAGAACUCUGAUGAAUCCAACAAUGCAACGAAUAUUGUGAAGUGGAUUUUUGACAACACUAAAGCAAAGGCCAUGGAUUUAUUUGAGAAAAUAACAAAGCUAGUCAAUGAGUUGUUUAAGCCGCCUCCUGAUAAUGAGACAACAACAGCAGGAACCCCAGAUCCAUUUGAGGAAAGGCUGAGAACCUCAUUCUUGCUAUCUGUUGUAGUCCUGUUGGUUGUGGUUGUGACUCGAGCUCGCACUGCUUGAAUAUAAUUUGACGACAUGACGGUUUGU